AUGGUUGAUUCUCACGUUAUAAGAUCCUUUCUUCUUCUUCUUCUCACUAUCUCUCUUCAUUUCCUUCGCACGAGUCCAUCAAUCUCAAAACCAGAAGUUAUUACUAUCGAUGUGAGCCAAGCAAAGAAACUUCUUCAUGAUGGCUUCACUUUUCUCGAUGUGAGAACUGUUGAAGAAUUCGAGAAAGGCCAUGUUGAUUCAGAUAAAGUCUUCAAUGUUCCUUACUGGUUCUAUACUCCAAAUGGUCAAGAAAAUAACCCAUAUUUCUUGAUGAAUGUCUCAUCUCUCUGUAACCAAACCGAUCAUAUCGUCGUGGGAUGUAAAUCUGGAGUUAGAUCUUUAUAUGCUACCAAACAUCUUCUUUCUUCUGGCUUCAAGACUGUAAGAAACAUGGACGGUGGUUAUAUUGCUUGGAUCGACAAGAGAUUCCCAGUUAAAGUGGAACAAAUGGAACUCAAGUACGAUGAGCUCUGA